AUGACUCCAAAACACCUGAUGGCUUACUCUUCUACUCAACUAAGAAAUUUUCUUACAUUCAAUGAUUUACCAAAUGGAUGUAUUGAAUAUCUACUUAACAAAUUAUACAUACAAUCUAAUUCACUUCUUAUUCAAUUGAAUCUAAUCAGCUAUAAUAAUGAUCAAACGAAUAUAGAUUCAGCAUAUACUACUGAAAUCACUUCUAAACAUCAUCAUCAUCAUCAUCAUCAGGAUGAUGAUGUUGAUGAUGUUGAGGAUGAUGACGAUGACGAUGACGAUAGAUCGUUAAUGACAUUUGAUAAGUUACAUUGUCUCCUUAAAUUAUUUUGUUUAUUUGGAAGAAAUGAUCCUAUUCAACAAUUCAUUAUUGAAGAUCAUUCUAUUCAUCAAAUUAUAUUAAAUCUAUUGAAAUUGAUUUAUCAUUCAAAAGUUUUUGAUCUAUUGAAUCUUAUAGUUUACUUCAUAGAAACAUUCUAUGAUCCUUAUGGAAUGUGGAAUAAAUGGAAAUCUAUUUACUAUGAUCAAAAAUAUGAAAAUUUAAGAUUUUUCACUUCUAUAUCUACAUUAUCAAAAGAAUCACUUGAUAAUAUUCAUUUAAGUAUAUUCGAUUUAAUUAAACAAAACAAUGACAAUGCAACAAUUCGAACUUUACUGAUCAACGCUUAUUGUUAUAUAUCAGUUGGAUGUUAUGUAAGUUCAAAGAAUGUGAAAUCUAUUCCAGAAGUUAUGUUAUAUUCAAAUAAUAUCAAGUACUUAGUUUGUAAUGUUAAUGUAGUUGAUCAAAUCUGUUAG